AUAUGGAAAAAUGUACCAAAUGUCCAGACAAUAAACAUCCAAAUGUGGACCGAGUCCAAUGUAUCCCCAAAGUUCUGUCCUUCUUGUCUUAUGAAGAACAUCUGGGCAUCAUCCUGGUCUCUUUUGCCUUACUCUUGUUCCUAAUCACGGACUUUGUUUUAAUAGUAUUCCUUAAAUACAGAGAAACUCCCAUUGUCAAAGCUAACAACCAGGAUCUCUCUUACAUCCUCCUGGUCUCCCUCCAGCUUUGCUUCUUGUCUUCUUUUCUCUUCAUUGGUCAGCCAAGGAAAGUCACCUGCCUUCUACGACAAAUGGUUUUCAGCAUUGUCUUCUCAGUUGCCAUUUCUUCUCUCUUGGCCAAAACAAUCACAGUGGUGCUGGCUUUCCUAGCCACAAAACCAGGAAACCGAGUGAAGAGAUGGUUGGGGAAGAGCUUGGCCAACUCCAUCGUCCUUUCUUGUUCUGUUAUCCAAAUUAUCAUCUGCUCCAUUUGGCUGGGAGUUUCUCCCCCAUUCCCUGACUCUGACCUUUACUCCCAGCCUGGAAUAAUCAAUCUGCAAUGCAACGAAGGCUAUGUUGUCAUGUUCUACAUCACUCUCAGCUACAUGGGCUUCCUGGCUGCCAUCUGCUUCACAGUGGCUUUCCUGGCCAGGAAACUCCCUGGGGCCUUCAAUGAAGCCAAGCUAAUCACCUUCAGCAUGCUGGUCUUCUGCAGUGUCUGGGUGAGUUUUGUGCCCACCUACCUGAGCACCAAAGGGAAAUAUAUGGUGGCUGUGCAGGUCUUCUCCAUCUUGGCCUCCAGUGCUGGGCUGCUGGGUUGCAUCUUCAUCCCCAAGUGCUACAUUAUUAUUGUAAGGCCGGACCUGAAUACAAAGGAAAAACUUACUGCCAGAAUAGAUGUAAAAACAUGA